ACAUACAUUACUCAAGUUAGUAAUGCUACCCCAUGUUACAAGUUUUUUUUUUACAAUUAUUUGAUGCUGCGCCCACUUUCUUCAAAUCUCAAUACCAGAAUAACACCAUUUCCUUCUUCUCCCCAUAAAUUUUAUACUAUUAAGUUAUAUAAUCUAACGCAUACCCAAAUUAAUUUGCACACUUACACUCCCAACAAUGACGAAUUAAAACUCUUUUACAUGUUCAGCUUUGGUUGGUGUUACUCUCUGAUCAUCUGAUUACCCUCUUUUGCUGAAAAAUCUGCUCUUUUAUCCAAAGAUUUAGACCCCAAAUUUUGUUUUUUUUUUGAGAAAAUUCUUGGGGUGGCUCCUUUAUUUCUUGGAAUUUCAAGUGAAUUUUUCUGGGGAUUUGUUGUUGGAAACUUUGAAUUUAGCAUCUGGGUCAAGUGGGUUGAGUUGGGUUUCUGGGUUCUGGUUGAAUUUAAGCUGAAAAAAAUUGUCCAUUUUUAUUAAGGUGGUUUUGCUUGUUGGGUAUUUUUCACUUUGCAGCUUCACUUCAGAUUUUCUAGCUGCUUCAGUUUGAAGCUUUGUCUCUCUGAAAGAUUUUCGUCAAAUAAUGUCUUCCCCAGCACCAAAUCAAGGUUCCAGCAGCAAUGCAGGCCAAUCAAAACAUGGUGCUAGGAUUAUUGCUCAGACUAUUGUUGAUGCAAAGCUUCAUGCAGAUUUUGAGGAUUCUAGUAGUGAAUUUGAUUACACCAGCUCAGUUCGAGCUACAAGCUCUAGUGGAGAAAACCAACCACCAAAGUCUAAUAAGGCCACCUCAACUUAUCUUUUGCAGAUACAGAAAGGAAAUCUGAUUCAGCCUUUCGGAUGCUUGCUUGCCCUCGACGAGAAGACUUUUAGAGUGAUUGCAUUUAGUGAGAAUGCCCCUGAUAUGCUAACUAUGGUUAGUCAUACUGUCCCAAGUGUAGGUGAUUAUCCAGUAAUUGGGAUUGGAACCGAUAUAAGGACUAUAUUCACUGCUCCAAGCGCUUCUGCACUGCAGAAGGCCUUAGGAUUUGCUGAUGUUUCUCUUCUAAAUCCUAUCUUAGUUCAUUGCAAGACUUCUGGAAAGCCUUUCUAUGCAAUCAUCCAUAGGGUGACUGGCUGCUUAGUCAUUGACUUUGAACCAGUGAAGCCGUAUGAAGUCCCAAUGACAGCUGCUGGUGCCCUACAAUCUUACAAGCUUGCAGCCAAAGCAAUUACUCGAUUGCAAUCUUUGUCUAGUGGAAAUUUAAAUAAACUUGUCGAUACCAUGGUUCAAGAAGUGUUUGAAUUAACAGGAUAUGACAGGGUAAUGGCAUACAAAUUUCAUGAGGAUGAUCACGGGGAGGUUAUAUCCGAGGUUAUAAAGCCUGGCCUUGAGCCAUAUCUAGGCUUGCAUUAUCCGGCAACUGAUAUUCCACAAGCUGCACGGUUCUUGUUCAUGAAGAAUAAGGUCCGUCUGAUAUGUGAUUGCCGUGCAAAAUAUGUGCAGGUGGUGCAGGAUGGGAAGCUUCCUUUUGAUCUGACUCUAUGUGGUUCAACUCUUAGGGCCCCACAUGGUUGUCAUGCUCAAUACAUGGAGAAUAUGAACUCUAUUGGGUCGUUGGUUAUGGCUGUUGUUGUUAAUGAUGAGGAUGAUGAUAACAAUAGCUCUGCUGCUCCCCAGCCCCAAAAGAGGAAAAGGCUAUGGGGUUUAGUAGUAUGUCAUCAUACUUCUCCAAGAUUUGUCCCUUUUCCUUUGCGCUAUGCAUGUGAGUUUCUAGCUCAAGUCUUUGCCAUCCAUGUAAAUAAAGAGUUAGAGUUGGAGAACCAGUUCCUGGAGAAGAAAAUCCUCCGUACUCAAACUCUCCUCUGUGAUAUGCUGAUGAGGGAUGUUCCUUUAGGUAUAGUGACACAAAGUCCAAAUAUAAUGGACCUUAUUAAAUGUGAUGGAGCUGUCCUUUUGUACAACAAUAAGAUAUGGAAACUUGGAGCCACACCAACAGACUACCAAAUAAGAGAUAUAGCUAUGUGGCUGUCCCUUGAUCAUAAGGAUUCCACAGGGUUGAGCACAGAUAGCUUGUAUGAUGCUGGGUAUCCAGGAGCACUUGCUCUUGCUGAUACUGUUUGUGGGAUGGCUGCUGUGCGAAUUACUUUGAAAGACAUGCUCUUUUGGUUCCGCUCCCACACUGCUGCAGAGAUUAAAUGGGGCGGUGCCAAACAUCACCCAGGUGAGAAGGAUGAUGGAGCAAAGAUGCACCCGAGAUCAUCAUUUAAGGCAUUCCUUGAGGUUGUGAAGAAUAGGAGUGUGCCUUGGAAGGAUUAUGAGAUGGAUGCGAUACACUCGUUGCAGCUUAUUUUGAGAAAUGCUUUCAAGGAUAUGGAAGCGUCUGAUUUGAAUACAUCUGUCAUUCAUUCCAAAAUAAAUGAUCUCAGGAUUGAUGGUGUCCGAGAGCUUGAAGCAGUGACUAGUGAGAUGGUCCGCUUGAUUGAAACAGCCACUGUCCCCAUUUUUGCUGUUGAUGCUGAUGGACUUGUCAAUGGUUGGAACACCAAAAUUUCCGAGCUGACUGGUCUCCCAGUUGCAGAAGCUGUUGGGAAACAUAUUGGAGCACUCGUUGAAGACUCUUCAAUUGAUAUAGUCAGGAAUGUGUUGCAGUUAGCACUUCAAGGAAAAGAAGAGAAAAAUGUUCAAUUUGAGAUCAGAAGACAUCAGACGAUAGUAGACUCUGGCCCCAUCAGUUUAGUUGUAAAUGCUUGUGCAAGCAAAGAUGUGAAUGGACAUGUUAUUGGGGUGUGCUUUAUUGCUCAAGAUAUAACUGGUCAAAAAACAGUUAUGGACAAGUUCACGCGAAUUGAAGGUGAUUACAAAGCAAUAGUACAGAAUCCAAAUCCCUUGAUUCCUCCAAUAUUUGGAACAGAUGAAUUUGGAUGGUGUUCAGAAUGGAAUCCUGCAAUGUCAAAGUUAACUGGGUAUAAACGUGAGGAGGUUAUUGACAAGAUGUUACUUGGAGAAGUUUUUGGAACUCAAAAGUCAUGUUGCCGUCUUAAAAAUCAGGAGGCAUUUGUAAACCUCGGUGUUGUACUCAAUGGUGCUAUGAGUGGCCGAGAUACAGAAAAAGUCCCUAUUGGGUUUUUCACGCGUAGUGGGAAAUAUAUAGAAUGCCUGCUUUGUGUGAACCCAAAGUUGGACAGUGAAGGUUCAAUCACUGGCGUGUUUUGCUUCUUGCAGCUUGCUAGUCAGGACUUGCAGCAUGCACUCCAUAUACAACGAUUAGCUGAGCAAGCGGCUUUGAAGAGGCUAAAAGCGUUGUCUUACAUGAAAAGACAGAUAAGAAAUCCUUUGUCUGGAAUUAUGUUUUCAAGGAAGUUGCUUGAGGGUACUGGGUUGGGAGAUGAGCAAAGGCUGCUUUUGCAUACAAGUGCUCAAUGCCAACGCCAGCUUAACAAGAUCCUUGAAGAUUCAGACUUGGAUAGCAUCAUUGAUGGUUACCUUGAACUGGAGAUGUUGGAAUUCUCUAUGCAAGAUGUACUGGUUGCCUCAAUAAGUCAGGUGAUGACAAAGAGUAACGAAAAGGGAAUUCAAAUAGAGAACGAGUCUGCAGAAGAUUACAUGAAGGAGAUCUUGUAUGGGGAUAGCUUAAGGCUCCAGCAAGUCCUGGCAGAUUUCCUGUUAAUUUCAGUGAAUUUUACACCUGUUGGAGGUCACAUUGGAAUUACAGUUCGCUUGAUGAAGGAUAAGAUAGGAGAAUCUGUUCAGCUCGCUAAUUUGGAAUUCAGAAUAUUACAUACAGGAGGAGGAAUAUCAGAAGAAUUGCUAAGCCAAAUGUUCGAGAACCACGGAGAUGCAACAGAAGAGGGUAUUAGUCUGCAAAUAAGCAGGAAGCUAGUAAAGCUAAUGAAUGGAGAUAUCCAGUAUCUGAGAUCAGCUGGAACCUCGACUUUCAUCAUCUCUGUUGAACUUGCUGUAGCUGACAAACCAAGGAAUUGAUUUUUACUGUUCAAAUUUGAGAAUUUCCAGUUUAUCUAACCAGUCAAAGGGAAGAUGAUCGUAAAGGAACAAAAAAGAAAAACAUACAGAAAUUUACAAGUUUUGGGUAGGACAAAAAAUGGUUCACUUUCCCUGAGAUAUAGCUCUCUUUUAACAAUUUUCUACUGUGUUUUGUCUUAGAGCCAGCCUUCUUUAACUUUGUACAUAUUCAAUAAAACAAUAUCAAGUUUCUUUGGUUGUUUUGAUUUGUUGUACUUCUCUUUUCUCUAUAUAACAUUUACCAGUAUAAUUUCGGAGAUUA